AUGAUCGAAUCCGCUUCGGCAGACUGUUGCGUUUUCGCCAAAGAGUCUCUGGCCGUGGACGGGUACAUGGUGUCUCCGUCAGCAGUGCACCAGAGGACCAAUAGCCACUUAAAGGACCAUAAAGAAUUUCUAAAGAAAUCAAAAGAUUCGUUGUUAUCGAGAAGCCCAAAAGAAUUAUCAUUAUUGCAGUUCCAUGAAGUUGAACCGCAUUUACAAUCUAAUCCAUACAUUACAUCCGGCUAUAGAGCGAGUCUAUCGACAAAAAUGUGCAUAGAGAGUGCUUUUUGGAUGACCAAUGAAACUAUAAAUAUUUGGUCACAUGUAUUUGGCUGGAUGCUGUUUUUCGGUUUAACAAUUUAUGACUUGCUAUUGUUAAAUAUUCACGCUUCACCGUUUGAUAAACUUGUCGUGGGUCUACUACUUGGAUGUUUUCAGAUUAGCAUGGCAUCAUCAACUAUGUAUCACACGUUUUCAUGUAAAUCCGAGAAACAUUUCAACUGUUUUUUAUCUUUUGACUUGUUCGGCAUAGCAUUAAGCUUGUUGGGUAUCUACUUAUCAGGAAUUUAUUAUGCUUUUUGGUGCCAUCCCGUACAUCGAAUGUUUUACUUGUCUACAGUAUUCUUUAUAUUUGUUUUUGUCAUGGCAUUACAAAUACCAAAGUUUAAAGCAAGUGAUAAUUUGAAAAUGAUCUCAUUUGUGUGUUGGGCAGCAUACGGAGUGAUACCAACGUGUCACUGGGUUGUCAUUAUGGGUGGAUGGGAAAAUCCAAUAGUGGCUAAAUUGUUAUCAAGAAUUUUAAACAUGUACCUAAUUUCCGGAUUAGCGUUUCUAAUUUACGUUACUAGAAUGCCAGAGCGAUUUUUCAAAGGUAAAUUAGACUACAUAGGAUCAUCACAUCAGUGGUGGCAUUUCUUAGUCGUGAUAGCGUUAUAUUACUGGCAUAAUACUGGCAUUUUGUAUAUCGAGUACAGAAUGAACCAUGGAUGUGUCAACGAUUUACGAUUAUAAUAUUAAUUUGCUCAAAGUGUAUGCUGUUAUUUUAUAAUUAAAUUAUUUUUAAUAUUA